GGGGUAAGUGAGUCGGAGCUCGGUCUCUCCCUAGCGCUUUCUCAGCCGCUCCGGGUUCAGACCCAACCGAGGAGCCGCGAGAGAAGUUCACCAACCCCUGGGCGGACAGGACUCCAGGGCCGCUGAGCGCUCCCGCGUGUCGGGCGCUCGGAGUCCCCGCGGCCGCCGGAGAGGGGCCGGGACUCUUCAGUUCCGCGGGUGCCUGUGGAAAUCCAGCGCCUCUGGCUAACCGGGUCCCCCCGCAGCGGGAGCCCCAGAGACGCGCUCAACUCCGGGACCGCCGCGGAAAAAGCAGGAAGACUGGGAACAGACUGCCGCUUCGGCCAUGGGCAGCAAAACCUUGCCAGCACCGGUGCCCAUCCACCCAUCCCUGCAGCUCACCAACUACUCCUUUCUUCAGGCAGUGAACGGCCUGCCAACGGUGCCCUCGGACCACCUGCCCAACCUGUAUGGUUUCAGCGCACUGCACGCAGUGCACCUGCAUCAGUGGACGCUGGGCUACCCCGCCAUGCACUUGCCGCGGUCCUCUUUCUCCAAAGUGCCGGGAGCCGUGUCCAGCCUGGUGGACGCGCGUUUCCAGCUGCCUGCCUUCCCCUGGUUCCCUCAUGUCAUCCAGCCCAAGCCCGAGAUCACCGCUGGAGGCAGCGGCCCCGCGGCGCUCAAGACCAAGCCGCGCUUUGAUUUUGCCAACCUGGCCUUGGCUGCCACGCAAGAAGAUCCAUCAAAGCUUUGCCGGGGGGAGGGCCCUGGGUCCCCUGCCGGUGGGCUGGGCGCCCUCCUGGAUGUGACCAAGCUGUCCCCCGAAAAGAAGCCCACGAGGGGACGCCUGCCUUCCAAAACCAAGAAGGAGUUCGUCUGCAAAUUCUGUGGCCGCCACUUCACUAAAUCCUACAACCUCCUUAUCCACGAGCGGACACACACGGACGAGAGGCCCUACACGUGCGACAUCUGCCACAAAGCCUUCCGGAGGCAAGACCACCUACGAGACCACAGAUAUAUUCACUCCAAAGAGAAGCCUUUCAAGUGUCAAGAGUGUGGGAAAGGAUUCUGCCAGUCCAGGACUCUCGCUGUGCACAAGACGCUACACUCACAGGUGAAGGAGCUCAAAACCUCCAAGAUCAAAUGCUAAAUAGAGCCUCCGAGUGAGUCACCAGGACCCUGGGUCACGCAGCCCCCUCCUCCAGAGGGAACGGAAGCCCAAGGCGACUCUGGCGGGCAGCGAGAGGGGCUCCGGGGACUUUCCUCCAUCCCAAACGCGUCCCCCGGGUCCCGGGCGCACGCGGAACUUCACAGCCGCGCCCCGGGCCAUGACCCUGGCCGCCCGGGCGGCUCCCCCAGGACGCGGCUAAACUCUUGGCCAAAAGGCGGUACUCGUGUGGCGGAAGGGAAACUGCAUUAAAAAGAGAACGAAAGCUUCGCGGAGCCGCAGCGGCGCCUCUCCCAGAAGUAUUACUUUUUCUAUUGUUAUUUUAUACGUUUUCUUUAUUAUUUUUUUUUCUUUGACCAUAUAAGCUUGUAACUCUGACUGCGGAGAGAGAGGGGAGAGGAAAAGGAGAUUUGUGCUCUCGCAGCUUCCCACCCCUCCUCCCGCCCCCAUCCCCACCCCCGGGAGCCUGCAAAAGUGUAAUCCCAGUAUCUGCUUCAGCCUCCGGCCCAGGGAGCGCGGGGCCGAGGGGCGCCCCUCCCGGCUCCUGCCGCGCUGCGGGUGGUGGGCUCCCGGACCCGGAUGGUGGGGCGGGGGGCCUCGGGCCCUGCGGCUGAGGGGGGCCCGGCCUCCGGCUUCCCUGCUCCGCUGCCCCUUCGCCGCGAGGAGCUGAAGGCUAGCAGCAGGGCGGUGUAUUGCGAUUGGCACUUUAUGCUGACCAUCGGUAACGGACAUUUAUCACUGGAGUUUUUAAAAAUAUUAAAUAAACGGUUAUUUUACAGGCA